UUACAAGCACGAGGCGUUUAAAGGGGCCGCUUGUGUGUGUGUGUGUGUGUGUGUGUAUACACAACUCGGACUUUACACGGACUUUGUGAAGUUUUAGCGAUAAAAACAUUUCAUUUUCUUACCGUGACAGCUUUGUUUUAUUCAAUAUUUUGUUGGAUUUGUGGGAUUUCUUCGAUAAAGACGAGUUUUUGUGCAGAUUUUACACCUGAGUCGCAGAAUGAAACUGGAAAGUCAGGAACCAGUUCCUCCAGCAUUCCCCUGGUUUGGUCUGGAUAUCGGCGGCUCUCUGGUGAAGCUGGUGUACUUUGAGCCGAACAUCAUGACAGAGGAGGAGGAAGGGGAGCUGGGGAGCUUACGGAUGAUCUGCUCAAACCUCAGAUCCAAUAUGCUGUACAGAAAGAGCACCGUGCAUGACAUUCAGUUGGAGCUACGUGACCUGAGUGUGUGCGGACGAGUCGGAACUCUGCACUUCAUCCGCUUUCAAACAGCUGACAUUGUUCCUUUUCUCGCCGCGAUGCAAGACAAAACGAUUGGCAAACUUCAUGGGAUGAUCUGCGCUACCGGGGGCGGGGCAUACAAGUUUGAAAAGGACUUCAAGAUGAUGGCAGGGGUGGAGUUAGCAAAGCUGGACGAGUUGAACUGUUUGAUCCAAGGCCUGCUCUAUUUGGACUCUGUGGGGUUUAAUGGAAAACCAGAGUGUUAUUAUUUGGAGAACCCAACAGAUAUGGAGUACUGUGUGAAGCGGUCGUGUUGUCUGGAGAACCCGUUCCCUAUGCUGCUGGUCAACAUUGGGUCAGGGGUCAGCGUUCUCGCCGUUUACUCCGAGCAAAAAUACAAGCGCAUCACCGGCACUAGUCUGGGAGGUGGGACGUUCCUGGGUCUGUGCUGUCUGCUGACGGGCUGCGAGACGUUUGAAGAAGCGCUGGAGAUGGCGAGCAAAGGAGACGGCAACAAUGUGGACAAACUGGUGAAGGACAUUUACGGAGGAGAUUAUCAAAGGUUCAGCCUCCAGGGGACUAUUGUGGCAUCUAGUUUUGGUCACAUGAUGAGUAAGGAGAAGAGGGACAGCAUCUCUAAGGAAGACCUGGCCAGAGCGACGCUGGUCACCAUCACCAACAACAUCGGCUCCAUUGCGCGCAUGUGUGCUGUCAAUGAGAAGAUUGACAGGGUGGUAUUUGUUGGGAAUUUUUUGCGGAUCAACACGCUAUCGAUGAAGCUGCUUGCGUACGCCAUGGACUUCUGGUCAAAAGGACAACUGAAGGCGCUUUUCCUGGAGCAUGAGGGAUACUUCGGAGCAGUCGGUGCUUUCCUAGAGCUCCUAAAGUCUUCUGAGGAGCCAUGAUAAACUCCACAUUAUGUUAAUGUUUAAACUGUAAAUAAGUUUUAAGUCUUUAAAUUAUAUCUUUAUAUUAUAUACUUUAAUUAUAGUAAAUUAUUAAUAAGCGUGUAUAAAGUAAGUUAAAAAAAAACCUUUUAGGUAUUUUUUUUUAUUUUAAUGACAGUAGUCUGUAUAUAAAUUAUAACAAUUAAUAUUUGCUACUGUAUUUUAUUGAUUUAUUGAUAUUCAUAAACUUGGUAAAACAUUUUUCAUUUCAUGCAAAAAAUAUUAAAUUGAGACUUUGGCUAUGCAAAAAUGUGCAAAUAACUCUAGACAUAUGAUUCUAGAAAUAUAUAGAAGUCUAUUUAUUUAGUGUUUAAUCUGGAUUUUUUUUGAGGGACGAGAAUAAACUUGUGCAUUUCAUCUACUAAUUAAAUAUUAAGUUAAAGAGAAUGUUACAGAAAAAAAUGUGAAAUGAUCAAAAUAAAGUGAAGCAAACUUGUUUUUAUUUAAUUUUCUUUCUUUGUAGUUUUACAGGGGGGUAAAACGUUAAUAGAAUAAAUAAAAUCUCAUCUUUUGAAUGUGAGAAUACAAUGAUACUAGAGUCUAUACAUUUAUUUUAAUAAAUUUGAAAGUUUUAAAUCUGAAAUGUGUGCAAAAAAGUUUUUGAAACUGCUGCUUGAAAUGUAAACGUAGUGAUUUUCUUUUCUGUUCCUUUAAUCAUGAUUUGGUUUCAAUUUCUGUUUUAUUUUUAAAUUAAGGAAACUGAUUUUAUAUACUGAAAUGUAUUUUUCUUUUUUGUAUUUGUAAUGUAUGCAAUAUUGUAAAUUAUAUACAUUGUCUUAGUGGUUUCUCAGAUGUUUUUUUGAGGAAACUAGAGGAAUAAAAUGUCACUUUAUUUUUAAUAAUCACUGAUCUGUGAAAUACUGUAACUGUGUGUUGGAGACCUUAAAUCUGAUUUUGUAUUGAAAAAUUUGAAGUGGAAAAAUGUCUUAAUAUGGUGUGUUUAUUCUUGUCAUAUUAUUUACAAUAUUUUAUUUAUUUUCUUUUUUUUCUGCAUUUCUUAAAAUUCCAUUAAAAGAUAGAACCCUCAAAAUGUAUUUUAAAAUCUUAGAUUUAAGAUCUGAGGUCAUUU